AUGCCCGUAAAGUCCUCAGAUAUCCUUCUUAUUAUUGUUGCUAUUCUGUUUCCGCCUGCAGCUGCUUUCUUCGUCUCAGGCUGUGGUGCCGACCUUCUCAUCAACUUCCUCUUGACUCUCGUCGGCGCAUUCCCUGGUCAUAUUCACGCUUUCUGGCUUAUUUACAAGAAGAUCAAGGCUGAGGAGAUGUAUGGUCCAGGAGGGUACGAAUAUGUGGGAUACGGAUACUAUGAGCCGGUUCUCAACUCUGCGCCAUAUCAAGCGCCUCCUUUCUAUGGUGCAACGACUGUAUAA